UCCUGCUGGCAUCUGGAGUGCACAGGAUCUGGACGACAGGCUCGGAUUCUUCGCGAAGUGCUUAGAGACCCUCAGUUCCCUCCACCCUAACCGAGGCCUAGUCCACCAGAUCUGGGACCGGGUGGCCUGAGCAGCCCAGAAGCCAAGGGUCAGCAUGGAGACACAUCCCUCCUUAGAGGUGAAACAGUCUUACCCAGACUUGAUCAUCUAUGUAGGAGAAGUGACUAUCGGAGAAAAAGAUCGAAAUAAAAUGGACUCAGAGAAGAGAAGGCAGGAGAAGACAAGAAUUACAGAGGCUGCUUGUGCUCUGUUAAACUCCGGAGGAGGAGUGAUUGCUAUGCAAAUGGCCAGCAAGAGUGAGCAUCCUGUGGAGAUAGGACUGGACUUGGAACAGUCUUUGAGGGAGCUUGUUCCAGCCUCUGAUUUGCAGGCUUUCUUUGCAACCAAGCAACAAGAGGACCAGUUUUACAUUUUUGUUAAAUCUUGGAGCUGCAGCCCUGAAGAUGAUUCUACUAAGCCUCGAAUUUGCAGCCUGGCCUCUUCCCUGUACCGUCGAUUUUUAAGUUCUAAGGUUGCCAUGGAUUCAAGAGUUGCUUUUGAGUUUCUGGAGGACAAGAAGAGGUGUGUCAAAUGCAGUCCUACUGAUGACAGAGCGCCACAUGCUAAAAUUCCCAGAGCCAUUUGUCAGAACAGCUUUGAAUCAAAUCAGGCUUUUGAAAUUUUCCAAAGCGAGAGACUUGAAUUUGGCCAACACUUGCUUUUUUGUGAAUCCGAAUUUGUAGAGUUUAAAAAUUUCUCUCCCGAGGAAAAAAAAAAAAGAAAAAGAAAAAAGAAAUUCUCUACCAAACAUGCCUACGAAUAUAUAAAAGAUACAAUUCCAAAGUACAUCUCUGCAUUUGCAAACACCCAGGGAGGCUAUCUUUUCUUUGGAGUGGGUGAUAAGAGUAAGACAGUCCAGGGAUGCCAAAAAAACAAAGUUGACCGUGAGUCUUUGAAAACAGUGGCAAAUGAAGCAAUAUCCAAGUUGCCAGUUUUCCACUUUUGUUCAUCUAAAGACAAGGUGUCUUAUGAGACCAGAGUCAUAGAUGUGUUUAAAGAGGGAAGUUUGUAUAGUUAUCUCUGUGUGAUCAAAGUAGAGAAGUUCUGCUGUGCAGUGUUCUCAGAGGCCCCCGUUUCAUGGAUGGUAGACAAGGAGAAAGGUGUCUACAGCUUGAAGACCGAGGAAUGGGUACGCAUGAUGGUGGAUGUUGGCCCAGAGGCAGCUUCCAAUGAGCAAUCUUCCCUCAAUGACCUGUCCAAAGAUUUUGAAUGUCAGCUGAGUCUAUCCAACAGCCCUCCACGCUGCAGACCAGUGUAUUCUAAAAAAGGACUGGAACAUAAGGUUGACCUGCAAGAGCGAUUAUUUCAAGUGUCACCAGACUGCUUAAAGUACACUCCUGAAUCGCUCUGGAGGGAGCUGUGUUCCCAGCAUGAGAGACUAGAGACUUUGAUAAACCAGCAAAUGUGUUCUUUCUCCUGUGGUCUGCUGAUCCUCUCUAGAAGCUGGGCUGUGGACCUAAACUUGAAAGGGAAGCAGGGAGUCAUCUGUGAUGCUCUGCUGAUUGCAGAGAAUAGCCCCCCGACACUCUACACCAUCGUUGGGGAGCAGGAUGAGCAAGAUCAGGACUACUGCACCCGCACUGCCUUUACUCUGAAGCAGAAGCUGGUGAACACUGGGGGCUACACUGGGAGAGUGUGUGUCAUGACCAAGGUUCUCUGCCUGAGUUCUCAGAAUACUGAGACCAAUGGGGGCUCAGUCUCUCCUAUUGAUUACCCACACUCCUAUAACCUUGAAAACAUCCAGGAAAUGCAGGCCUUGCUUCAGGCCCUUGUGAUUGUCUUGCUCAACUUCAGGUCUUUCUUGAGUGACCAGCUUGGCUGUGAAAUUUUGAAUCUUCUCACAGCCCGACAGUAUGAGAUACUCUCAAAAAGUCUCCACAAAACCAGAGAGCUGUUUGUGCAUGGCUUGCCAGGCUCAGGGAAGACGAUCAUGGCCAUGAAAGUCAUGGAAAAGAUCAGAAACACAUUUGACUGUGAAACAGAUAGCAUUCUCUACAUCUGUGAAAAUCAGCCAUUGAGGGACUUCAUCCGGGCAAAAAAUAUCUGCCAGGCAGUAACCCGGAAAACAUUCAUGAAAUAUAACUUUGAAACGGAGAAAAUCAAACACAUUAUCAUUGAUGAAGCCCAGAAUUUCCGCGCCGAGAAUGGUGACUGGUAUGAGAAAGCAAAAGGAAUCACUCCUAAAAUUCUCUGGAUCUUUCUGGACUAUUUUCAGACCAGUCACUUGCAGAAGAGUGGCCUCCCAGAUUUCCCAGAUCAGUUUCCAAAGGAAGAGCUCACACUAGUGGUACGAAAUGCAGAUAAAAUAGCUGAGUUCCUACAACAAGAAUUGAAGACAAUUAGAGAUAAGCCUCCAUACAGCAUCCCUCCAGAGUCCCUAAAUAUGCUCCAUGAAUUUAACUGGUCCCAAGGUGUAUCAGGCACCUGUGAGCUUAUAUACUUGAGUUUGGGAAAGAUGGUGAGCUAUGUAGCAGAUAAGUGUGAUUUUUUCUUGAGUAAUGGCUAUUCUCCCCAAGAUAUUGCAGUGCUUUUCAGCACAGACAAUGACAAGAAAGCCUAUGAGCUUAUGUUCCUGAGAGAAAUAAGGAAGAGGAGAGUGUCUCAGAGGAAUGUUGCCUCUGUCUGUCUUUCUAACAUGUUUGACAGCAUCCGUCGAUUCUCAGGCCUGGAAAGAAGCAUUGUGUUUGGUAUUAAUCCCUAUGCAACUGAGAAGCCGAUUUUUCACAACCUAUUGCUCUGCCUAGCUUCCAGAGCGAGGAAACAUCUGUAUAUUCUGAAGUUUCCUACCCUUUCAACUCCUGAGGGGCAUAGCUCAACAGUUGCAUGUUUGAAUGAGAUGUAUGAGGUCAUAGGUUCAAUCACUGAUGAUGAGAUAGUAAAAUCUAGUUGAGGUCCUUCAGGACAAGAAGAAAGAUAAAGAUACAACAGAGCCUUGUUCUCUAGUUUUCGAAAAUGUAGAAAAAAAUAACAAUGGAUAUUGUAACUAACUGAGGCUGAAAACAGAGUUGGGGAGAUGGCUGGCAAGAUGAUGUACACAUGACAUAUGCUAUGGGAAUUUUGAGACUACAAUGAAGACGACACAAUACAGUAAGUCGUAUCUGAUUAUUACAACA